GUGAUGUGUGAUGUUUGUGACAUUUCCACCACUUUGCUGUAUGACCUUUCAUAUCACAGCGCCUUUGAACUCUUCCCAACAGCGUAUAAAAGGGCCCACAGGUGAGUGAAAAAAAAAGUGAGGAGCUUCUCUGACCAGACUCCUGAACAACCUGUGCUGACUCUUGGGAUUCUGCACAACAUCAUUUUCCCGCUGCUCCUUUUGGUUUUGAAGAAGCACAUUGAGUCCAGAUACAGAAGGUCUUUAGAUUGAAAGCCAUGUCAGGAAAGAUGUGCAGCAGCAACAGUGUUAUUCAGGCACAAAAACUGGUUGAUCAACUUCAGCUGGAGGCAAGCAUGGAGAGAAUAAAGAUCUCUCUGACAGCAGCAGAUUUGAUUCGGUACUGUCAGGACCACAGGCGAAGUGACCCUCUGCUCACCGGCAUUGCUGCCUCGUCCAACCCGUUUAAAGAUAAGAAGACCUGUGUGCUGCUUUAACAGUCCUGAGUAGAGCUGACCAACCACUAAAAGACUGCAAUAGAGACAACUCCUGUCGGAGGGUAACCAGAUUUACCACUGUCAAAUGUGUACAAGAUAAUCCUUCUGGUAUGGCAAUACAACUGCUAUUUGAGACAAUGCAUGUUAAGGCUAAAACAUAGGAAAUGGGAAAAAAUACAAAUAAUGGUUUUGCAUUUGUAACUACUUUCCAGUCAUUUUCUCUGAAAGGCUUUAUUUAAUGUUUCUUUACACAUUUCCCUUAAAAGGGAGGAGCUCAACCUUUCAAUGGUAUCGAAUUAC